AUGCCCGUAGCAACUAUGCAACACUCUCCCACCGAAAUGCCCGAAGACAUCAAGUGCCCCAAACUCUCCGACUCUCCGCGGGAAACGGCUCUGACGACGAACGGACUCGCCGACCACCAUCCGGCAUCGCCGGAAAAGCGAAAGCUCUCCGAGUCUUCGGACGGCAAGACGGACACGGGUUCGGAGAGCGGCGACUCCAAGAACAAGCGACAGCAGCGGCGGUUCCGCACGACCUUUACCAGCUACCAGCUACAGGAGCUAGAGGCCGCAUUCUCCAAGACGCACUAUCCGGACGUCUUCAUGCGCGAGGACCUCGCGAUGCGGAUCAACCUCACCGAAGCUCGUGUGCAGGUAUGGUUUCAGAACCGCAGAGCUAAAUGGAGAAGGACGCAAAAGGCCAACCAGAUGGCAAUGGCUGAGUUAAUGAACGGCAGAGGUCUGCCUCUCCAUCCUGGGCACCAUGCAGCCUUGGCAGGUCCCUACCACAUGAACCCAAUGUCAGCUCAAGCCUUUGGCCCUGCACCAGGGAGCCUCUCCCCAACCAACUCCGUCCUCAUGACCCCUAAAUCGGCACUUACGCCGCCGGGAACUGCGCUCAUGGCUAAGCAGCCCCACGCCGGCUUUGUCCUGCACCACCCAUGUACCAGCCACAACGCCACAUCGACGGCGUUCCAUGGGAUGUACAGUCACUCGCAGUCCGCACCGUGGAACACGCACAACCAGUUUGUGUUCCCGAGCCCAACAGGCACAGUCACCUUCCCCACCCCACCUCCCCUCACCUCAGCUAACCCAGUCUGCUCCACUCCGCCAAUCCACGCGCUCCCCACUGCAUGGUAAUAUCACCAACACCCGAAAUCGCACGGAUCCCCAUUGCAGUAGAACUGUAUCAUUGCAUGAAUAAAAGGAGAUGCUCUCCCAUUUCCCUCCCAAAGUACAAUGACUCAGAGCAGCAACUUCACCAUAGAAUUUGGCUCGGCAUUCUCCUCUCCAUACAUCUAUCAGCAAAUCGUGUUUCCCUCUACAUAGCAAAACAAGACAGGUGAACGGAUUUUUUUGAACUCUAUCUGAACAUCACUCGUUCGUUUUUCUCUCUUUCCAACUUUAUUUCACUCCCAUCACUGCUCCCAUCACUCUUUUGACAGCACCGUUAACCGUGUUAACGAUAACCAUCAUCAUUUUUCCGUGACAAGUUCUUUUUAUGUUGACAAUCUUUCGUGUGUUCGUGAAAUGUAUAAAUGUAUGCACAAUCACGCCUUCCUCAGUGAACCAAUCUCUCAGUUCUCAAUCAGAAAUGUAGCUCUAUUAAUUUAUAUGACACCAUCUGUAUAGCAUCACAAUCUGUCACACAAUCACGCUAUCAUCCUAAAUUUUUUGCAACAACAAUGAAUCAUGCCUCACAACAAUCUUGUCCCAUCAUUAACUCUCUAAAAUUAGCAUUUCUUUUUUCAAACUCCAGUAUAUACAAAUUUGAGAAUCUCUGCAAACUCAGCUGUUGCUGAUACGUCCGUUAGGCUUAUUAUUUUGAUGGUAUUGGUAGGUGCUAUAUAUAGGUGGUUUGUUUUUAUUGGGUUUAAUGAAUCUAAUCAACGGCAGUUUAUUGCUCCCUGCUCACUUUUUCGCCAUGGAAACGGUGUAAACACUAGCUUAAGUUAUUAAUCAGUCCAUAAUAAGAUGCUUAUCAGCAGAAAUGGCACUUAAAUUCAAAUACAGAAGUUCCAAUUAAUGAAUAAUAGGGUAAUAAUGUACAAGUGAUGAGGAAAAAGGAAGUGUGGAAGUUAGCGAUUGUUAUGCAUGUGCAAAACUUUCCUCUAUGCAUUUCAAGUCAUCGAGAUCUUCUUUUAUGACCUUCACCAACUGGGACAGGGCUCCUUGUUGUUGCUCCAAGUGCUACGAAAAAAUACAAGUAUACAUAGAAAUUUGGCCAUAGUAAUGCUCAUGUUUUAGUAAAGCACAGCACUUUGUCGCAGACUGUUGUU